UUUUAGCUGAAGAAAAAACAAUAAUUUCAACAUGUUGCCGCAACAGUACUGUUUGCGGUGGAAAUACCAUCACAGUAAUUUACAGACCAUGUUCUCUCAGCUAUUGGAUCGUGGUUGUUUUUGCGAUGUUACAUUGGCCUGUGAGGGCCAAUUGAUUAGAGCCCACCGGGUGGUGCUGUGUGCCUGUAGUACAUUUUUCGAUACAGUCCUGACCAACUACGCCAGUGAACGAGAUCCCAUUAUAAUAAUGAAAGAUAUUACGUUUGCCGAUAUUAAAUGUUUAAUUGAAUUUAUGUACAAGGGGGAAAUAAAUGUGGAACAUGCGAGUCUAGCAUCUUUACUUAAAACUGCCGAUGAUCUCAAAAUAAAAGGUCUGGCCGAAGUAACUUGGCGAGAUGACGAGGAUGUUCCUCCACCACCCACACCACAAACAGAAUUCCAUUCACCAUCACAGUCACGCAAUCGUUAUGAUAGUUAUGGUCAUGAAACACAACAUAGAUCUCAAUCGCCGGAUGCAGAACGUGAACAGAAAACACCAUCACCCAAACAUUCGGCCACAGCUACACGCAUGCCCACACUGACUCCCAUACCAACGUCAGCGGUAUCAAUAGUAGCUGCUGCCAGUUCGCCAAUCGAUUCAUAUUUGGGACCAAAACGCAAACGUGGUCGACCACCAUUGGAUGAUGCCUACGAUGUGUUCAAUGUCAGAAAAUUGGGGCAUUAUUCCGAACCAGGCGAUAGUAGUGCAUACUUGGAAGGAUCUCAGUAUAAUGAUGAACAAAACAACCACGGCGCUACUUCUCAGCAUUCCAGACCAAAUUCCCCCUCAGCAGCAUCCGUUGUUUACCAACAACAUAUCCAACAACAAAAACAACGUUUACGUUAUCGACCCACACGAGUCCAACAUGAAGACGAUCUAAUAGAUGAUGAAUCGGCCACAGAACCAGAAUGGAUAACUAGUUCAUUAGAACAUGAAAAUGAACAAAAGGAUCCAUUGGAUCAAGGUGAAGAGGAGGAAGAGGAACUGCAAGAUAUAAAAGAGGAAAAUGAGGAAACUGCUGCUAAUAAACGGAGAACGGAAAAACGUUCUAAAGAAUCUACACCGGAGCAUCCCAAAAUAAAGGCGCUAAAACGAAAAAGCUCCAAGGAGGAAGCAUUGCAGCACAAAUCGGAAAACGAAGAUGAACUAGAAACAGUGGAUCCAUCUAAUGUGCCACAAACUGUGGAAGAAAUCGAAACAGUGCAACAGUCAACAAAAGAGAAAUCAGCUUCUAGUGCAACAAAUACAUCCUCUUCAACAAAUAAUAAUUCAUCCGCAUCAGCUACAUCUUCUUCGGCAUCAUCACCCUCUACAAGUGCAGCUCACAAGUCUUCAAGUUCAUCACAUCAUCACCAUUCUCAUCACUCUCAUCAUUCCCACUCACAUUCGCAUCAUCCUCCACCAGCACCACCACCACUACACCAUCCACAUCAUUAUGGCAAAUAUGUACCGGAAGGUUAUUUGAUCAAUGAACAUGGCAUCUUAAUGACUCACGACUUUAUACAUGCUCCGACGGCUUCAAUACCAACAUCAUCGUCUUCAACUUCCAAUGGUCAUCAUCCCGACGAAUAUGUCGAUAUAAAAAUGGAGGAAUUCAGUGAGGCCGAGUUACGUUUGACAACAGAGGAAAUGUCUCAAUGGCAGGAUGUUAUUAAAAUGGAUGAUUAUUUGGCUAAAGGCAGACGGCCCCAAUUCUGGGAGGAACCUUUUACGCGAAGAGUUCUAGAUGCCAUAAAGAAUAAAAGACUUGAAAUGAAAAAAGCAGCUCGUAUUCUGGGUGUAUCAUAUGGUACUCUUUAUGGACGUUAUCGUGAAGUUUAUGGCUGCCUCAAACAUCCAUACAGUAGUACAUCUUUAAGACCGUCGCAAAGCAGUGCUUUAACUGUGCAGCCCAGAUUUGAUGUUGUAUGGCCCUCACCAAAACCGGGACAAUUGGAUAUUGGUAAACUAAGACCGAAAGAUCUAAGUGAACUCUGGACUCGACCGCAAAUGUGAAAAAAGUUUCCCCCCUACGCUUUGCACACAAAGACAAAAAAGUAAACAAUAGGUUUUGUUCAUUUUUUAAAUAACCGUUUUUUUUUGUAAAUAAUAUGAAUUUAAUAAAUUAAUUUUAAGAAAACAAGUAUUUAAAUCUUUAGCUAAGUUAACCCAAAAUCCCAAACUUUACUUAUAAACAAAUAAUAUUAAAUAAAAUAUCUAAACAAUUUUUAGUAAAUUACACAAACAAUUUUUGAAUAAAAGACAUUAUUUAGUGUGAGGCUAGAAUUUAAGUAUUUUUGUAUUAUUCCUUUAUUAUUUAUGUGUGUGUAUGUGUUUUUUUGUUUUACUUAAAUACAAUUAAAUAGAAAAUUAAUUUUCCUCUAAAAAAAAUUAAUGUUAAAGAUAAGAUCUAUAAUCGGCUCUGUUUUGUUAAACGAAUAGCUUUUUGGAAUCAGAUUUUUUUAAUCACAAAAGUUUGUGUUUUAAGAAAAAAGAAAAGUAUUUAAUUUAUAAUAAAAAUUAGCGCAUAGCUAUAAUGUUAUUAUCGAGUAAAAUUUUUUGGAGUUUGAGUUAUGGUCAUCAAUAUCGAACAUGAAAUUCAAUAUAUUUUAUCUUGUUUUUUCGAUCCUAAAGCUUAUUCACUUACAAAUGUGGUAAUUUGGCUCUAGAUGUUCGUAUUUGUUUUAAAAACUAAUAAGUUCGGUUUACAGAACAGCGCAGAAUUAUAUUAAAAAUAUUUAGAAUUUUGAUCAAUGUAUGUAUAUAUAAUUAUUGGUUGUUAUAGGUUGGAACCACCUAAUAAACUAUUUUCUCCAACUUCAGUUAAAUUUGCUCAACGAUUUCUUCAGAAUACUUUGACAUCUAAAUCUCAAGUUGGAAAAUAAACUUAGUUCAUUUACACAGUGUCAACCUAUGACUAUCAAUAUAAAAUAAACAAAUAUUAUUUCCAUAUUUAUAUGUAUUUAUCGAUUAAAUUAUAAUAAAAAAGGAAACAAUAUUAAAUAAUACAAAUACAUGAUAUUAAUUUUUUAUUUUGAAUGUCAUUGUAAUAAAAAAUAAAAACAAUAUGUCAUAAAUUAUUACACUAUGAUCGAAUGCUUUACUUUUUAUUCUUAAAAAAAAAUACAUUUUGAAAAAUUUUAAAAUUGGUUUAGUUCCCGAUAUUUGCAAAAAGAAAAGAAUUUCGUUCGACCGUAGUGUUUUCAUUCAAAAUAUUUAUAUAAAAUCGUAAUUAGUAAAAUACAAAUUUGAAAUAUUUAAUUAUUCUUAACUGAUUGUUCUAAAUACAUAAGAAAUUAUAAUAAAAACAAAUUA